AUGGAUAAGGAAAUGAUUAAGAUGAAUCAAGGCGGCAAUAAGAAUGGUAUGACGGAAACAUCAGCAAAACAAAGCCCUACAGAGACCUUGGAAGCUUGGAAACAAGUUCAUACUCAACUAAUCAAUGCAGUUCUGGUAGCCAAAGAAGCAAUAGCCGCCAAAAAGCUCCAACGCCGGUAUUGGAUGGAAGAGAUCUGUUCCAAUUUGAAUCCUGAAACUGGCAAAUUGAACUCAUCUUCGGUGUGGAAGCAACCCGAUGUGUCCAAUAAGAGCAAUAGUAAUGGUAGAACCAAUAAGACGGCUGCCACCAAAAAGCGCAAACGAUCUACGGAGCCAAAAACCAAAAAGUCUGCGGCGGAGAAACGCAAGAAGGGUUCCAAGAAAAAGCCAUCGCCCGCCAAGGAAAAUGCUUUAGACGACAACGAAGAUGACAAUAAAGAAGAACAAGUUAUGGAGAAAGUCAAGAAGGAAGAGAGCGCAGAAAAAUCGCCCUUGUCCAAGAAAAAGAAGAAGAAAGUGGUAAAGAAGGAGUCCCAUGAUCAAAAUGCAGAGGCCAAAGCGCAAGCAGAUAUUCCAGACAAUAAGUCUUUAUGCAUGUCCAUUGAUGAUGCUGAUGAUGACGAUUCGUCUCCAGAUCACUCGGCAAUCAAGAAUGAAGACAAACAUGGCAAGAACAUUGAUCCCAGAGAAGAAUCAGACGAAGAAAUGACACCUUUGGAAAAGACGAAGACAACAGGUACGGCCCACCAUGACUCCAAUCCGAGAGCUAGCCCUUCACCACCAAUGCAUCCCCACGAUUAUGGCCCCAUGGGCCAGCAUAAUUGGGGCGCUACUGCUCAUCAUCCUCAUCAUCACCACCAGCAUCAUGAUCCAUAUAUGCCUCCAGGUGGUGGAUUUGGAAAUCCCCAUGCUCCCUAUCAUCAUCCUCACCAUGCACCACAUCCGCACCAUGCACCGCAUCAGCAUCAUAUGUCACCAUCAGGAAUGCACGGUCCUCCUCCUUAUGGAUCUUAUCCUCCCUAUGGUGGUCCUCCAACUCAUCAUCAUCAUCAUCCUCAUCAUCCACAUCACGCUCCUCCUCCCCAUAUUGCCGCUAUGCAUCAUAAUCAUCAUCAUCAUGCAUCAUCAUCAUCAUCAUCCUAUCCACCACAGCAUGCAUAUGAAAUGGGAGGAGGAGGAAUAAGUGCUACCAUUCCAUCUCCACGAGCAUCACCCCCUCCAGCAUCAGCAGCAGCAGCACAUUUACCCUCCAAGAACAAUAAUACUGCUGCGGACGAUGCAUCCAGUGAAGAUGAUGAUGAGGAGGAGGAGGAAGAAGAAGAAGACGAAGACGAUGAUCAUGACGAUGAAUUUACGAAUACUAGUCCUGGCGAAAAGGAAGGCAAAUCGGAAAAAAAGGUACCGCCCUUGGCCAUUUUGGGAGGAGCCGAUGAUGAUGACGACGACGAAGAAGAAGAAGACGGCGAUGGAUAG